CUUAAAUCACUUUGGUGAUCUAUUGGCCGUCAUGCGUAGCAGGCUGCUGUCAGCAUCAUGGCGGGAGAAAGCGGCUUCGCUAAGAUCCUGCUUUGGAGGAAUUUAUGCCUUUUGAAGGUGUUGCUGCACGAAGUGUUGCAGGCGUCAAUGCCCCCAGAUCUCUGCGCCCUGCUGUUCCAAGGAAGGAACCUGUCCAACCUUCUGCGUGACUUUCAGGAUUUCAGUCUUACGAAGAUGUGGGACAAGAAGGCAAUGUGGUACAUGUUCCCGUUGUUCGUUUGCGAAAGACUAAGUGAGGAGGUGUACACCCUCAUGCUGAAGUCGCAAACCUGGGAUGAGCUGGAAGCUUCUCUGAAGUUGAGGUUCCCAGAGGAUGAGGUGGAAUGCAGGCUUGGUAAGGGCCCUGAGCAGCCAACCGAGGCCGCGUCAACGCAAGGGGAGUUAAGCGGUAUCCAGAGGCAAGUUGGGAUGCUGGAAGAGAGGUUGACGCGAUUAGAAGAGGCCGGGAGUGGUAAGAGGAAGGCCUUUGAAGGAGCUUCAAAUGGACCGGCUGGGCAGGAUGAGGCGGAGAUGGACGGUGCCGCAGGACGUCGCGACAACGUCGACGAUGGGAGGAACGACAUUCAAGAAUUAGCACGGGUCAUCCGGCAGUCGCAGCGAGAGCCCUACCCCAAGAUUAAUGUCCCGUUGUUCGAUGGGAAUCAUGCCUCUUCUUGGGCAGACAAGUUUGAGCAACUGGGGUAUAGCAACGAAUGGACGGAUGAGAAAAUGCUUCAUAUGGUUAAAGGGUACUGUCAGGUGGAGUACCGAGAUGAGAUCGAUGAGCUGGUGCGAAUCUCCCACGAGAAGGAAGGAAUUGCCUUCACCACGAUAUGCGGUGAAGUCUUUGAUUACAAAGGGAACCUGAUCGACCCCAACAUUGAAGGGGGUAUGAGGAAGGAGGCGUUUCGCCGAAUGGGUCGUCCCCUACCGGCGACGUUCCGGAUUGCUUCUCCCGAAGAAGCACGGUUGGCCGAGGUCGAGGAGGCCAUGGCGUUAUUACAUAUUGACGACUCGCCGACGAAACCAGAAGGGUUUAGGGAACAAGUGGUGGAACGAGCGCAAACCAUCACGAGGCGGUUUGCCCGAUGCCGGGACUCUAUCAUCCGACUUUGCGUGGACAUGGAGGAAGUCUGGCCUGGAUUGCCGAAUGUCUUUCUCUUCGGCGAAUGGGGUGAUAAAAUGGAAGAUGCGACUGGCCAAGCAGGGACGUCUGCUCUGAGAGAAGCAUCACAAACUGGGCCAAUGAUGGAAAGAGAGUCUGAAAAGGCAGUGGAAGAAAAACCCAUCCCCGUUAGUGAGAGCGAUGAGGAUAACGAGGAUGAGAAGUUGCAGGCCGGAGAGGAAGAACGGGCUCGUCGUCAUGCGCUGGAAAAGGAGUCGGAGAAAGGGAAGACCGAAGCAGAUGAGGAGGAACCACGAAAGAAGAAGAACAUUUACUCGAUCCCCGUGGAGCAGGGGGUCGAUAUCGAGCAGCUUGUCGAUAAGAUUCUAGAAAGUCAGCGCAACUUGGUCACGCUGAAGGAAUUUUUGGUGGUAUCGCCAAAGAUUCGGGAAGACUUUAAACAGCGGAUGACUCGCAAGAGAGUCAUGACUGUUAAGCUCGGUGAAGUCAUUCCGCCGGAGGCUAACUGGUCCCUGCCUGGGACAAAGAUGGAUUGGCGAAGUGUGUCGACCGGCCAUAUUAAGGUCCAGAUUGGACAGGAGGAGUAUUCGGCACUUGUGGAUGAUGGAGCCGAGAUGAACAUCAUUCGUGAGCGCCAUGCCAUUGAAGCUGGGUUGAAGAUCAACCGAAAUGACUAUGGGUUUUUGGUGGGGGCUAGCGGAUCGACCCCAUUUUGCGGGACAGUCAGUGGCGUCCUCGUCACGGUCGGAAAGGUCAAAGUCCGCUCUUAUUUCUACGUGUUACCUAGAGUGGAACACGAGGUACGUUCAGAGCUCGUGAUGGAAGAACCUUUCAUCGAGGAGGAACCAUGGGGCGAGCAGACCGUAGAGGAAAUGAUGAGGCUGACUUUGACCGAUGACAUCGACCUUAUGCUUGAUCCGCUAACGAUUGAACAGGGCCAUAUACAGGCUGAUGACGCUUUCCAGAUCAUUGGAAGGAUGUCAUAUAUCAUGAACUUGUUGGUUCAUGAGGAUCGCCUAAGGUUAAUGAAUGUGGAGGAAGGGAGCAGUGAGGUCAAAGAGGCAUUCAAGGAAAAGGAGUACGAAGGGGAAUAUAAAAAGAUAGGCAUGUGGUUGAAUGGGGAAUUGGAUGAAAACGAGGUUGAUCCGGUUGUGUGGGAGAAGGGCAAAGGAUUCGUUGUUCGUAAUGGUCAUCUCUUUAAGAAAGCUACUGAUGGUGUCCCAAAGAGGGUGGUAUGUGGAACCUCUCGACAGUUGGAUGUGAUUGUUGCUCUGCAUGAUGGGCUAGCCAGCGGACACAGAUCUGCGCGGGUAACUUUCAACAAGAUCCAACGUCUUUAUUUUUGGAAAGGGAUGAGCAAGGUGGUGAUCGACUUCUGUACAUCUUGUUUCCUUUGCCAACAGAGGUCUAACAUCCGCUACCCCGAGCCCCUGAAUCCACGGUAUGUGGCAGAACCAGGUGCGGUGGCGCAUUUGGAUCUCCUAGUAAUGCCACCUGGGAUAAAUGGGUACACGUAUAUCUUCGAUGCUAGGGACAAUUUGACUGGGUUCAUUGAUGGUCGUGCCAUUCGCGAACGUACUGGGUCAGUCUUGACAGAGUGCAUUGAGGAAUAUUACCUCCGUUAUCCAUUUGUUCAAGAGAUUGUUAUGGAUCGGGGAGGCGAGUUCCGAGCAAAGGAGGUGCAAACGCUUUUAAAGAGACUUGGGUGAGGAAUUCUAAUGGUGAGAGCCUCG